UAAUAUUUUCUUUCUGCUUCUGUUUUAUCUCUUUUUAUUUCUAUGCAAGCAGUUAAGUGAACAAAAUAAGUACCAUUAAAUCACUGGCUAUAGAGUCAGACAAUAAAGUAGGACUUUUUAUCAGUGUUGGACACACUUGUAUUGAUCCAUCUCCGGACGAUUGAUGGCACAAAGUGAAUGUGAAAAUACUGACUUGUGCGAUUGACUGAAGUAAACACACUGAAGUAACCCAUAGAUUGCCAAAAAAUCAUUUUGUUCACAAAUUGCAAUUGGUACCCUUGAUGGUAAAGUGGACAGCUUCAUGUGCAAUAAUUAUGCAAUUAAAAAUGUUAAACUAUUUGCUAUAGCCAAAACAUGGAUUUGUUAACUUAACUAAUAUUCAACCAAUUUGCAAAACAGUUUUCUUAAAUGCACUGAAAUACAAGUCUUUAAAAUUAAGGGUUUACCAUCUGAAAAGAAAACAUACAUUCUUUAAUUUAUUCUUUAAUUCGCUGUGCUCUAAACUUGACAAGGAUUCAUAUUAUAAAAAACAAAAAUCCUAACACGUAUAUAUACUGCAAAAAGCAUUACAUAACAUUUAUUUUAAUGAGAGCAUGCUAAAGAUUUGAUGCAACAGUGUUGUUCUUUAAUGCCACUUGUCAGCCUGGGAACUUUUGUUUUGUUGGUCCAUUCGUAUUGAUUGAAAUAAGCGCAAGUUUAAAUAUCGAACCCUCUCAGCCAAUCACGAGAGGUCCUGUUAAACGCUUGUGUUCGCGCGUCUCCUUUAAUGGAUCUGGAGCUGGAGCGCAGCGCACCUUCAUCCACUGACAUCUGAGCGCAUCGCAUCCGUCGACAAGCUGUUUUCACUUCACGUGACUGCUUAACAAGACAUUAAUAUCAGAAAUACUUCUAGACUUUGGACAUCUUGGAAAAUGCUUGAAUAUAAAGAGUCAGGAAUGAAAACGACAUCAAGUCACAGGAUUUCUUUUUCAAUUAUUGACAUACUGGAUCCCCAAAAGUUCACAAGUAGAAAGACAGAAGCCUUAUCGGAGACAAAACGAGCAUCUCAUUUGGAAAACACAGAAUUUGGAAGUUUGGAGGAACAGGUCACAAGCAAAGAAAGUCAUGGACACGGAGAAUCUCUUCACAUAAAUACAGGAGAUCAUUCAGCUGAAGAGCAUCAAAGAUGUGUUAGGCUGCAUCCUCCAGAUCCAAACACUGAGUCUGACUCAGUGACUGCUCUCGAAAGCUCCGGAUGUUCGUCUUGUGAAGAUCCAAAUGAAGCAUGCGAAGACAAAGUCAACCCAGCAUCGGAUGAUCUGGCACGCCAGCGACGCCAGCGUCGAUCCGAUCAUCACAGUUGCGCGAAACCGCGCCGCGCCAGAACCGCGUUCACGUACGAGCAGCUGGUGGCCCUGGAAAACAAAUUCCGCGUUACGCGUUAUUUAUCCGUGUGUGAGCGACUGAACCUCGCAUUGUCCCUGAGCCUCACCGAAACACAAGUCAAGAUUUGGUUCCAGAACCGAAGAACCAAAUGGAAAAAGCAGAACCCUGGUGCUGAGAGCUCACUGCAAGCCGGAACGAACUCUCUGACUAGCAUCAGCCCAACCUGUGGAUCCACAUCAGCGCUUCACCCUCCGUUCAGCACCGGGAAUGUUAUCUUUCAUUCUGCUGUACCGCUUGCGCCCUCCGGUGCGCUCUUGCAUCCGUUUUUGACCGAUAGCUUUUUGCAGCCUGCAUUUUUUACUCCACAUUUAUGAAGUAAAACGAAUGGCCGUAAACUACCUGUAAAUGUGAAUUUAUAAAGCUGAAUUUUAUAAAUGUGGAUUUAUAAAGUUUCUUUUAUAUGUUUUUGGGGCGUAUUUGGUUUUAAAUUUUAAGAUUGCAGCUUUAAUAUUAUUUAAUAGACUAUUAUAUUAUUUAAACGACAGUUUGUUUUCAUUGACAGUUUAGAGAUAUCAAUACUUGUACCUCAAGAAAUUAUUUAUUUCAAAGAUCUGUUGACAGAAAAAAAUAUGAUAAACAACUCUUGUAGAUGUCUAUAUAUAUAAUAAACUGUGCCAGCAAGUAACCUACUGUAAAUAAGUAGCAUUACAUUUUUUAAAGAAUGCAUUGAAAGACAUUGGUAUGUGUGCAUUUUGAACGAGGUCAUUACUAUCAAUAAAAUCACACUGAAUUUUUUUUUUUUAAUCGAAAGAUACAUUUAUUUUUUCGUUGUACCGGUGCGUAAUUCAAGAGUUAGAGACCUCUUCGCGCUGAUUGGUUGGA